GAAAGGAGUAUCUCCAGCUGGCUCCCGGGGACGGAGACCUGCACGCGGCGCAGAGCCAGCGAUGGAAGAAAGCCAGUGCAGGCCUAUGGCUGGAGUUUGAAGGGCUGGGCUGCAUUGCGCCUAUCUGCUUCGACGAGGUGUGCACAGACGUGGCCAGUCCAACCAGGUCGGACUCAAGAAAUCGACUUCUGCGCACUAGUGACCACGACUUGUCUUUUGGCGAGGCCGAUCCUACGCCAUUCCUGCAUGAGAACGCCAAGGACUCCCCGUCGGCCUCGGCCGCCCUGGCAUCGGUCCCGGGCGAUCAGGACCCCAUGGACGUCUCGGACUUCAUGGAGCCCAGCCCGCGGAAUGCGGCAAAGCCCAGCACAUCCUCAGCAGACAAGCGGGAGGGGCCCCCGGACGUCUUCGAUGCUCCGGAGCGAAGCGCCCCCGAUGCUGCGAGAGACCAGCCAGAUGCAAAGCACGAGGCUCCCUCGGACGCCUCCGACCCGCAGCAGCUGA